AUGAGAGAGCUUGCGCAGAACCUUGAGAGCAUUUGCCGGUAUAGGAGCAUGGCCCUGGACUUCGGCAACAUCGCGGACCUGACCUACUUGGGGGUCGGCUGGCUCGCGUUCAGUCGACAGUUUGCGCUGGGAGGGCAGCAGCUCGAGAAGCCAUACAUGUCGGUCUGGUGCGGCCUGGCGUGGCUGCGCAUAACGUACAGCCUUCGGGGGGAAGCUUGGAUGGGCCCUCGGCUGCUCCCGAUCCUGGCAGCCUUGAAGGACACUGCGGCCUUCUUCUUGGUCACGGGCAUGUGUGUGGCUGGAGCGUCACAUGGCUACUAUAAUCUUGAGCUGCGAAAUGAGCCCUCGCCUGCCUACGCAGCCGUCAUGCAGGUGUUAAGGCUUGGAAUCUUUGGGGACUUUGAUAUGUUUGAGUUUGAGGGAAUGAGCCCCGCUCUUCACUGCAACUCUGGCACGCAGCACUGUCAACCAGUGGACCCGGAGCCCGGGCCGGCUUAUGUGUCGGCACACGUGCUCUUCUACAUGACCGGAUUUGGUGUCACGAUCUUGCUGAUGAACUUACUGGUUGGCGUGCUCGGACAGAAUUUCGAGCUCUACCAGGAUCGGAGUGAGAUUUUGUUCCACCGGGCACGAGCUAAGUUUCUGCUGGAGCUGCGCAAGCGGCCCUGGCGGCCGGGAGGAAGCAAAGAGGAAAAUCCAGGAUACCCCAGGUCCAGGUACCUUCUGAUCCUAGGGAAUGAGGUUGGCGUCGACCCGCCGGUGUCAGGCUGCGCUACGUGCAUCUUGCUUCCGAUCAUCUUCGUGUGCUUUAUGCCGCUCUACCCGAUCCUGGGAAAAGAGCGGUUCAGGCCCUUUACCGAAGAGGUACUAAGUUACCGGGGUGGAUGCACCCUCCUGGUGCUCUGUGCACCUAUCUUUGUUGCUUUGUCCACCUGCUUUCUGCUGAUCUACGCCUUGCUUGGCUUCGUCUUUCGCUUCCAGGGCCUGAGGUUCGCCGUUUCCACGACCUUGGGGCUAUUUGGAUACCAGGGAACGAAGGCCGGGGAGUGCAGGAUCUGGCUGCUGUGCCGCAAGGAGGCACCAGUGGACGAGGUUCGAAGCGUGCGCACCGCCCUGAAGACCGACAUGCAGGAGCAGAUGAAGAAGCAAGAGGCGCGCAUUGUUGAAAGACUCGAGAAGAAACACGAGGAGAAGUGCGAGGAGCUGAAGCAGGCGCAGCAGGAGAUCGAUCACAAAAUCGGGGCCUUGACCGAUCUGGUGCAGAAACUGGUGGACCGGACAGGACCG